UGUGUGUGUGUGUGUGUGUGUGUGUGUGUGUGUGAUUUAUUAAAAAUUGUUGUGUGAGAUAAUACCAUUGUAGUAUUAAGAUAAAAGUAAAGAAUAUUUUCGAUAUAUUGAAACGUUGUCUGAAAUUUGUAUAAAACAAUGUGUAAAAAGCUUUGCAGAUUAAUACACAAAAUUGACUCGCCACCUAUGCAAAUAGUGAAUUUUGCUUUGGAGACUUGGCAAUCUCCUAUUUAUAUUAGUAGCAUGCUAGUAAUCCUCGUCAGUAAAUCUUAAAUUUUAGUGAUUUUGAACAUAUUUAAAAAUUUUAUAAUAUUUGUGUGUUUGUGAAUGUAAAAAAGUGAAUUAUUGUUAAUAUCCAUGCGGUUUAUUAGUGUUUUAUGAUAUUUGGUAAUUUCUUUUAUAAUAAAAAACUUGCAUGUAACAAUUAAUACAUGGAAUGCGAUUAAUUUUUGAAUACGCAGCUGAAGUUAUUUUUGCAAAAAGUUUAGAUAAAUUUUUAUUUUCGACAAAGUUAUUUGCCAAGAAGAUUUAUUAAUUCUUGUAAUAUCUGCUAUAACAUGUAACAUGCGAUAAUUCAGAGUACUUCGUUAAACACAUUAUUCAUUUGGCUAAUAACGUCUCUAGACUUAAUCAUUUAAGUUUCAAUUUAUGUUUACGAGUCCAUAACAGACAUUCAUUUGGUUAGAUCAAACUAAUUAACAGAAUUAAACUAAUUUUUUUUCUUAGUUAUUCAUUAUUCACUUCUCAACGCUCAUCAUAAAGAUUUGCGUAGCGAGCGCGCAUAUUUUUCUCACCUGUUGAAGGUCUGAAAAAGUACAUAUCGUUCGAUGAGAUAGCUACAAAAGACAAUUAUGGCUCAGCCACCUGAACCGGUUCCGGUACAUUGCUACACAAAUCCAUCGUUUUGCCGUCAAUCGGAGUACAUCCCGGACGAUCAUGUUAACGACGAUCUGCCGCCGCCGCCGCCGCAGCAGUUUCAAGGAAACGACGAUUUACCGCCGCCUCCGCCGCCGUUGCAAUUGCAAUGUCACGCCGCGGGUCAGAGCAAUCCGGCGUUCCAAGCUCCGCCGGAGAUGACGUUAGAGAUCUGCGAAUCGCGGGACCGGUAUUGUUAUCUGGAGGGUAAUAGGGCCCCCACGCACAGGCGAUAUGCUAGUUUUCCGGCGGAGGAGUCUCGCGUGACUUACAGCCAGUCCUCACGAUACGAGUACAUAGAGCAAGACGAGGCGGAGAGGAGCCAGUUGCCGCGCAGGAACUCGUCGAGGUACGAGUUCAUUCCACACCAGCAGGUGCAACAACGUUCCGCGCCGGCGACCAACCAAGACGAUCGAGGAGGGCCGCAGACCCGAGCGUGUCGCGGCAAUGCCGGUAGAUACGCGCUUAUACCGGGUGACCAGGAUUACCAAGAAGACGGUCCGCAAUGGAGCAAUGCGAAGUCGGCGCCUCGGCAUAUCAACACUCCGCAGGGUCGUUAUACCAGAGUGCCCUUGCAAGAAGAGAUUCCGCCGGCGCUUCCCGAUAGAAACACGCAAGAGAUGUCAGUAUCACCGAAGAAUAAUUUAGCUACGCAGAAAUUGCAUGAAAUAUUAUCCACGCCUAGAAAACCAAGGUCCAGAUCCGAAGAGAGAACACUAUCGCCGAAGAGACAACAAUCAUUCAAUCAAACCGGCACACCGCAACGAAGAGCGCUCACUCCUGGUGGAUCGCCAAAUGGUCGUACUUUUAGUCCAACGCGCACAACUCCUCAAGGCACACCUCAGAGCCGAGCUUUCUUGCCUACGGGACCUCAAACUUCUACACCUAACAAAGAAUCAUCAGCUCGUAGAUGUCUUCCUUUGCUGGAAAACUCGUCUCGACAGCAGGACCUCUGUCCAGCCAGUAAUUGCGGUCGGCUUCGUUAUGUCGGUACUGCUCCGGUUGACUUAAUGAAUAUGAAUCACAAUGAACCACCUCCUCGUUAUGCUUACACGGACGGCCUCGAGUCCAUGCCGAUGAUGUCUGGAUCGCCCAGAUAUCAGGUGAUGCCUGCUGAUCAGAAGAACUAUCAAAGCGUAGAAAGCGCAUUUAUGGCUCGAACUGCGGUUGUACCACCAUUAUCUCCGCCGAAUAGCGACGCGAACACAACCAUGGCGAGUGGCAUGGAGAAAGGUGACAGAAAGAGCGCUCCGAUUCUUCUAAUAUUGGUCGGUCUAUUGACAUGUGGACUUGCAUUAUAUCUAUCCUGGUCACAAGGAAGAAAAUAUUAUUUUGACAGUGCGGUUGGCUGUGGGGCUUGCUGUGCUUUAGCAGGUGCAUGCAGAAGCUUGCGAAGAACUUGGACGGGACUUGGCCUGGCUGGAUUGUCGGCAUUGAGCUGUGCUGGUCUUUUGCUGCUCGCAGCUAAAUCUCCGAAAGAUGGUACACCUCUUCACGAUAUCACAGCCGGCGCUUUGUGUGGUGUAUCGGUUUUAGGCGCUGGUCUAGCUCUGUUGGCCCUUCUAAAACCAAGGUGCACUCUCGGACGUCAUAGACGAGUUCAUUCUUGGAUACCACGAUUUUCUUAGUUAUAAUAUCACAUUUGUCAACAAUUAAUAUUGUAAUAAUUACAUUUACUUCAGCAUUGAAAAAUUUAUGUAAAGAUGUUAUCAUAAGUUAGUAAAAGCAUAAUCAGAAAAUAACUCCUGCCAUAUAUUCAGAAAAUCAUAUAUUGAUUUAUAAAUAUCUAGAUGAAAUAUAAGUUAUGCAAAGAACAUCUACUAAGAGUAUACUGUGAAAAAUUGUAUCAUGGAAAAGUGCAUAAUAUUUUUAAAAAACAAAUAUUUUUAAAAAAUUUAUUC